UCAGAGCACUCCGCGAUUCUAACCUGAAAAAAACAGUUUUGUGUUAUUUGUGUUGUUGGUGUUAUUACAACAUUGACAAUUAAACGCACUUUGCUCUUUUAUUGAAUAGUAUAUCUAAACAUGCAUGUUUGAGUUUCUGAAUAAUUUAUAUUGAUUUUUAAUAUUAUUAAUUGUGCAAAAAAAUGGGAAACAGUUCCAGUUUAUUGUUGCGGGAGGAGGAAAUUGCUCAAAUUCAGGAAGCAACUGGAUUUACUCCGAAUCAAAUUGAACGUCUCUACAGUCGAUUUACAAGUCUUGAUCGUGGAGAUUGUGGAACAUUGAGUCGAGAGGACUUUUUGAGAAUACCGGAAUUGGCAAUAAAUCCCUUGGGUGAUAGAAUUGUUAAUGCAUUCUUCGAUGAAAGCGGCAAUGAUCGGGUUAAUUUCCUUCAAUUUAUGCAAGUGCUUUCUCACUUUAGGCCUAUUAAGAAGAAUAGUCCUAAUCGUUUAAAUUGCAGACAGGAAAAACUGAGAUUUGCAUUUAAAAUGUACGAUCUGGACAAUGACGAUUUAAUUUCAAAAGAGGAACUAUUGGCUAUUUUACACAUGAUGGUUGGGGCGAAUAUAAGUGAGGAACAAUUAACGAGUAUUGCAGAGCGUACAAUUUUGGAGGCAGAUGAAAAUGGCGAUGGAAUGAUAUCGUUUGAAGAAUUUUGUAAGGCACUGGAAAGAACGGACGUCGAGCAAAAGAUGUCUAUUCGAUUUCUCAGUUAAAUUAAAAUUUUAUUUAUUAAAAUUCUGGUCAAGUGGAAAAAAUUUUUAGAACAUCUUGUUUUGAAUUUAAAUCCAUAAAAGCAAUUGGGUAAAUUAUUUUUUCCCGAUUGGCCAAAUCAAAAAUAAGUUCUAAAUUAACGAGCAAUAAAUUAAUUGCAAGCUUCUCCCAAAAAAAAAAUUAAUAUAAAAAGCAUUUUUUGUUUGUAAAGAGAAAAUUAAUAGACGAAUGUAUUUAAAAUACAUUCGAAUUAUUAUUUAUUAAAAGUGACCUUGUGUUUCUAUAAUGUAGUUAUGUAAAAUAUUAUUUUUGGUAUUGAAACAACAAUACCAUAAGUGUGUAAAAAAUGGUUAAAGUUUGUGAAAUAUAAAAAUAAAUAUAAUAAAUUAAAGUAUCAAA